GUGAGUGAGUCUGUAAUCGGCGUCCGUUUCGAUGGCUUUCCAUUCAAUCACUCAUUCAUUGAAUUAAUGUUUUGUGACUUAAAUUCAAUUCAAAGUUGUUUUCAAUUUUGGUUUGGAUUUAAAUUUUGAGUUUAUUUUUUUGGACCGAAAGACACGACUGUUUCGCAAAACUCUUUGGGAAAUGAGUUUCUCGUCGGACGAGGUUAACUUUUUGGUUUACCGGUACCUUCAAGAGUCGGGUUUCAGUCACUCGGCGUUCACUUUCGGCGUGGAGUCACACAUCGCUCAGUCCAACAUCAAUGGAGGACUCGUACCGCCGGCCGCCCUCUUGUCCAUCAUUCAGAAGGGCCUGCAGUUCACCGAAGCAGAGAUCAGUAUUGGCGAAGACGGUGUCGAGCGGCAGAUCGAUUCCCUGUCGCUCAUCGACGCCGUGAUGCCCGAUGUGGUCAGCACUCGGCAGCGAGAGCUCAGCCAAAGGGCCGCCCAAUCCGGCGACAAGAAUGAUGUGGUGAUGGCUGAGGACAACGCCACCAAAACGGAGGACCCGGGCGUCACGACUGCGCCCAACGCGACGCCCACUUCUAUGGCGAGCAGUGGAGGCCAACAGAGCGUCAAUUCCAACGCAAUGCAAGACAACAGCGCCAACAGUGCGAUAGAGAUCCCGGCCUCGAAGGCCACUGUUUUGCGCGGACACGAGAGCGAGGUAUUCAUCUGCGCGUGGAAUCCGGCGUCUGAUUUGUUGGCCUCAGGUUCGGGCGACUCGACGGCCCGGAUCUGGAAUAUGAGUGAAUCGACACAAACGGCUCAACAAUUGGUUUUAAGGCAUUGCAUUCAGAAAGGUGGAACCGAAGUUCCGUCCAAUAAAGACGUGACUUCUCUGGACUGGAAUUCCGACGGAACUCUAUUAGCGACCGGCAGUUAUGACGGCUUUGCGCGCAUUUGGACCACCGAUGGACGACUCGCCUCCACUCUCGGCCAACACAAGGGACCCAUAUUUGCCUUAAAGUGGAAUAAAAAAGGCAAUUAUAUUCUGAGCGCAGGAGUGGACAAAACGACCAUCAUUUGGGACGCAUCGACGGGUCAGUGCACCCAACAGUUUGCAUACCAUUGCGCGCCGGCUCUGGACGUGGACUGGCAAUCAAACGUGUCGUUCGCCUCGUGUUCGACCGAUCAGUGCAUUCAUGUCUGCAAAUUGGGUGCAGAGAAACCAAUCAAAACAUUUACCGGUCAUUCCAACGAAGUUAAUGCCAUCAAAUGGUGUCCGUCGGGCUCUCUAUUGGCCUCGUGUUCGGACGACAUGACACUCAAGAUAUGGUCUAUGAAACAGGACUCGUGUGUACACGACUUGCAGGCGCACCAGAAAGAGAUUUACACGAUUAAGUGGUCGCCCACCGGUCCCAACACUCAUAACCCGAAUCUGCCGCUCAUUCUGGCCUCGGCUUCAUUCGACUCGACUGUACGGCUCUGGGAGGUCGAUAGGGGCACCUGUAUCUACACACUCACCAAACACUCGGAACCGGUCUAUUCGGUGGCCUUCAGCCCCGACGGCCGGUUCCUGGCGUCCGGCAGUUUCGAUAAAUGCGUUCACAUUUGGUCGACACAAUCCGGACAAUUGGUUCACUCAUAUAAGGGAACGGGAGGUAUAUUCGAAGUCUGUUGGAACGCCAGAGGAGACAAAGUGGGCGCCAGUGCUUCCGAUGGAUCGUCUUUCAAUCUUCUUGUCCUCAACGCCGAGCCGUACUCUUAG